UCCUACACAUGUGCAAAUAUUUGUUAGCGAAAAUGAUGUAAUUAUUUGGCAAUCUUUAUCGUGAAAUAUGGGUUUGUACACAUGGUUUAGCGGCUUAGGGAGCUACCAGAAAACAUCUGUGAUUAUUGGAAGCUGUGCGGUGUUUUGUGGUACUGGUUAUUGUGUUUAUAAAUUGUAUUCCCGCAGACGGAAGGUCGAACUUUUCGACGAAAGCCCCAACAAUGGGCAAGAACCCAAACCUGCUGUCCAGAAACGGGUUCUGGUGUUAGGUUUACAAGGUUGUGGGAAAACAACUUUUCUGACAGCUCUAGCAAACCUCGGCUCAGGCGCGGGAGGCAAUGAAACAAAACCAACAGAAGGUUUUAAUGUUAUGUGCGUGACCACGAAUGGAGUUCACUUGAAUAUUUGGGAAAUUGGUGGUGGUGAAAAAGUUCAAAACUACUGGUCAAAGUUUACUGCAGAUACAGACUUGCUUAUAUACAUGGUUGACUCCUGUGACACCCAGCACUUUGCAGAAGCAAAGGACAAAUUGAACGAACUUUUAAAAGACCCAUGCUUGCAAAAUGUCCCAUUAAUAAUCCUAGCGAGCAAACAAGACAAAACUGGGGCUCGAUCGGUCAGCGUACUGCGUAACAUUCUCGAUGUAGACAGCCUUUUAAAUGAUCGAUCUGUGGAGUGCUUUGGAAUUCAGAUAUCACCGCUAGGACCUGAACUUCAAGGAAUUGAAAUUGUACAAAAUUCCAUUUUGAAAUUUUGCAUGGAGGCAGAUUGAACAAUUUAAAAAACUGCCCAACUCAACCAAUUUUAGAAAUCUUAUAAUUUUAUUUAUGUAUAAAUGUGCAUGCUGCUUUAUUUCUAGUAAGACUGCAU